GCCGCCGCGGGUGGGUAAUAUACCAUGGCCACCACCCACGCCCUCGCCGCCGCCAUCUCCGCUUGCGCUCCCCAGCAGUCUCUCUCGUCCCCGCUCUCGCGCCAUGGCGGCGCGGCUCCCCCGCUUCGCCGCGGCCCUGGCGGCGGUCGCGGUGCUGGCUGCUGCUGCGGGUCGGGCCGCGGCAGGGGACCCGCCGCUCUCGCCCAAGGGGCUCAACUACGAAGUGGCGGCGCUGAUGGCGGUGAAGAGCCGGCUGCGGGACGAGAAGGGGGUCAUGGCGCUGUGGGACAUCAACUCCGUCGACCCCUGCACCUGGUCCAUGGUCGCCUGCUCCCCCGACAAGUUCGUCGUCUCGCUCCAGAUGGCAAACAACGGCUUGUCCGGGACGCUGUCGCCGAGCAUCGGGAACCUCAGCCACCUGCAGACAAUGUCACUACAAAAUAACAAAAUAUCAGGUGAUAUUCCUCCAGAAAUAGGGAAGCUGACCAAUCUGAACGCUCUUGACCUUUCUAGCAAUGAGUUUGUUGGUGAUAUCCCGAGUUCAUUGGGGCAGUUGACUCGACUAAAUUAUCUGCGCCUUGAUAGGAAUAACUUGUCUGGGCAGAUCCCUGUAGAUGUUGCUAAGCUUCCAGGUCUCACAUUCCUUGACUUAUCAUUCAACAAUUUGAGUGGCCCAGUUCCAAAAAUCUAUGCACACGACUACAGUCUUGCGGGAAAUCGGUUCCUUUGCAAUUCAUCAAUUAUACAUGGCUGUUCGGAUUUGACAGCAAUGACUAAUGCGUCUAGACAGGUGCAAAAGGCCAAGAACCAUCAUCAAUUAGCACUGGCAAUUUCUCUAAGCGUCACCUGUUCCACAGUAUUAGUUUUGUUGUUCGUUUAUUGGCUAAGUUACUGCAGAUGGCGCUUGCCUUUUGCUUCUGCUGAUCAAGAUCUCGAGUUUGAAUUGGGUCAUCUGAAGCAUUUCUCAUUUCAUGAUCUGCAAAGUGCAACGGACAAUUUUAAUUCGAAGAAUGUAUUAGGCCAAGGAGGCUUUGGUAUUGUUUAUAAAGGCUGUCUGAGAAAUGGACCUUUAGUGGCAGUGAAAAGAUUAAAAGAUCCUGACGUUACUGGUGAAGUUCAAUUUCAAACAGAAGUUGAGUUGAUUGGUCUUGCUGUGCACAGGAAUCUCUUGCGCUUGUAUGGGUUUUGCAUGACCUCGAAAGAGCGGUUACUUGUAUAUCCAUAUAUGCCAAAUGGCAGUGUUGCUGACCGAUUGAGAGAUUAUCGUAAUGGAAAACCAUCUCUUGAUUGGAGUAAACGCAUGCGCAUUGCUCUUGGGGCUGCCAGGGGAUUACUCUACCUUCAUGAACAAUGCAAUCCUAAGGUCAUUCACAGAGAUGUCAAAGCUGCAAACAUAUUGCUUGAUGAAAGUUUUGAAGCAAUUGUUGGGGAUUUUGGAUUGGCAAAACUUCUUGACCGACAAGAAUCACAUGUUACUACUGCAGUUCGGGGCACUAUUGGGCAUAUUGCUCCUGAGUAUCUUUCAACUGGACAGUCCUCAGAAAAGACUGAUGUUUAUGGGUUUGGUAUUCUCCUGUUGGAAUUGAUUACUGGUCCUAAAACCUUGAGCAAUGGACAUGGUCAGUCUCAGAAGGGCAUGAUUCUAGAUUGGGUUAGAGAGCUGAAGGAGGAAAAGAAACUGGAUAAGCUGGUUGACAGGGAUCUCAAGGAUUCAUUUGAUGUUGCGGAGCUGGAGUGUUCCGUUGACGUGAUUAUCCAAUGUACGCAGACCAACCCUAUCCUUCGGCCUAAGAUGUCAGAAGUUCUGCACGCCCUUGAAGCGAACGUCACACUGGCAGAGAGCAGUGUCGAGUUGAAUAGAGAACCUCUUCCUUAUGGAGGCCCUUACAGUUUCUCUGUCCGACAUGAGGAUCCUCAUGAUUCGUCGUCCUUCAUAAUAGAGCCAAUCGAGCUGUCUGGUCCCAGAUGACAGUUAUUGCUCUAGGUCUUGUGGGGGGGGGGGGGGGGAAUGGAAGAGAAAAACGAUGAAAUUGUACAAAACAUGUAUAUCCUCGAUGUCUUUCUAGUUGUGAAGAGUUUGCUGGGGGUUGCUGCACCUUAGAGACCAUUUUGAACUUGGAACUAGGGAGAUUAUCAUGGUCAUUUUGUCUCAUGAUCCGUCCAGUUCAAAUCUCUAUGUUUACCCCUAGCUUUGCUUUGCUUCUGUCAUCCUUACGCUGGUAGUCAGAUUUUUACCAUGACUUGUUCGAAAUAUUGACGGAGAGCUUAUUUCUCCAACACUUUUUACCGUGACAAAUAUAUGCUGUCUGUAAAACAGUCCUAGCAUC